AUGGUGCCCGACGAGCUCAGCAAUGGCUGGCUCACGAGCUUCUCUGUCACUGAGAGAAUCUGUUCAGCACUAUCUCUGAUCGGAUGUGCCUUCAUUGCCAUCACCUUCUCUUUCUCUAAAGCCUUCCACAAGCCAAUCAAUCGGAUGGUCUUCUGGGCCUCGAUGGGAAACGUCUUUACCAAUGUUGCAACUCUGAUGUCAAGAUCGACUCUGUCCAAUACUAAAAGCGGCUGGUGCCAGCUUCAAGGCUUCUUGAUCCAGAUGUUUAUGCCUGCUGACGCUUACUGGACUCUGGCAAUGGCUUUAAAUGUCUACCUUACGUUCUACUGGAAGUAUGAUGCAGCUAAUAUUCGCAAUCUCGAGAAGUACUACAUCUUGGCAUGCUAUGGUCUUCCAUUUAUCCCUGCUGUCACCUACUUAUUCAUCGACACGCAAAAGAGCGGACCUAUGUAUGGCAAUGCUACCAUUUGGUGCUGGAUCUCUAAUGGCUGGGAUGUUAUGAGAAUUGCAACUUUCUAUGGUCCGGUUUGGGUGUGCAUCUUUUUCACUACCAUAAUCUAUACCCGUACUGGAAGGAUGAUAUACAUCAAGAGAAAGCAGCUUCGAAGCUUCACAAGUCCCGUUCCGAAUGCAGUCCUCUCGAGAAAUCCGACUCGUUCAACUAAGACAACCGAGGUUUCUGUCACAUCUGAACCAGCGGCUAGAAAUUCAAUAGCCAAUAUCAAUGCCUUUGACCAGGUAUUGAGAAGUUGUCCAUUCUCGAGAAAUGCUCCAACCUCUCUGGCCGGAUACACAGUGUCGAUUACUGGCCCACACUCAAUUAUUCAGAACAAAGGCCGCCCUUCAAAUGCCAAGACUCCACUUCCUAGUAGCCAUGGUAUGACUUCACCAACCGCUAUAUGUUCAGUGAAGAUGUCCAAUUCUCGGCGUGUAACUACAUGUCCCAGUCGUCCUACAAACCCCACAGACAGUGCAGCUUGGGCAUACAGCAAGGUUGCAGUUCUGUUCUUCAUUGCAAUGAUGGUUACCUGGAUCCCAUCGUCGGCCAAUCGCGUAUACUCUGUCGUGCACCCUGGCAAAGUAUCUCUCACUCUCGAAUUUGCCUCUGCUUUUGUUCUUCCGCUACAGGGCUUCUGGAACGCUGUGAUCUACACUACCACUAGCUUACCUGCCUGUAAGCACUUCUGGAGGAAACUCAGAGGGCACAACCAAGGCAGUGGCAUUGAGCUCACGCAAAUGAGUGGAGCUUUUCCUGCUAGACCUGUAGCUAGACCUAGCCAAGCUGACUUCAGCAGCGACUUGUUAACAGAGACAGACAGCAUUGGCCAAACUCUAAGCCGGCCCGGCACUAAAGACUCGACAUACUGA